CUGCCCCAAGGAAGGCCUGCACGUUAAGUGAGCUGGACUCUGUUUACUGAAGACGAGUGUGAACAUCAGGAAUCUCAGCCUCUACCAUGUGGAACGCCUCGGAUACCAACUUCUCCUGUUACCACCAGUCCGUGUUGGGCUAUCGUUACUUUGCUGUUAUCUGGGGCGUGGUAGUGGCUGUCACAGGCACCGUGGGCAAUGUGCUCACCCUGCUGGCAUUGGCCAUUCGUCCUAAGCUCCGAACCCGCUUCAACCUACUCAUUGCCAACCUCACCCUGGCUGAUCUCCUCUACUGUGCGCUCCUGCAGCCUUUCUCCGUAGACACAUACCUCCACCUCCAUUGGCGCACUGGCAACAUCUUCUGCAGAAUAUUCGGGCUCCUCCUCUUUACUUCCAAUUCUGUCUCCAUUCUCACCCUCUGUCUCAUUGCUCUAGGACGCUACCUCCUUAUCGCCCACCCUAAGCUCUUUCCCCAAGUUUUCAGCGCCAGGGGGAUCGUGCUAGCGUUGGUAGGCAGCUGGAUUGUGGGGGUGGCAAGCUUUGCCCCACUCUGGCAUGUAUUUGUCCUGGUGCCACUGGUCUGCACCUGCAGCUUUGACCGCGUGCGAGGCCGGCCUUACACCACCAUCCUCAUGGGCAUCUUCUUUGUGCUUGGGCUCAGCAGUGUGGGCGUCUUCUACUGCCUCAUCCACCGCCAAGUCAAGCGUGCUGCUCGAGCGCUAGACCACUAUAGGCUGCAGCGGGCCAGCAUCCGCUCUCACCAGGUGGCUGGGACAGAUGAGGUCAUGCCUGGCCACUUCCAGGAGCUAGACAGCGGGCUUGCCUCAAAAGGACCCAGUGAGGGGAUUUCAUCUGUGUCAGUCAGUGCUUCGACCACGCAGACCUUGGAAGGUGACCCGUCAGAAGCAGGGGAACAGGGCACCAGAAAGGCAACCCAGCAUAUUGUAGAGAGAGGCCUUCCUGAAGCUCAUCAUAGGGUCCGGGAAACUGCAGGAGAGCGCAGAGCCCCGGAUGCCCCAUCGGAAUUCGGAAAGGUGACACGCAUGUGCUUCGCGGUGUUCCUCUGCUUCGUCCUCAGCUACAUCCCCUUCUUGCUGGUCAACAUUUUGGACGCCAGGGGCCGCGCUCCGCGGUUAGUGCACAUGGUGGCUGCCAACCUCACCUGGCUCAACAGCUGCAUCAACCCGGUACUCUACGCAGCCAUGAACCGCCAGUUCCGCCACGCAUAUGGCUUCAUCCUGAAACGCGGGCCACAGAGUUUCCGUCGGUUCCGUUAGAGCUGGUAGUUCAUUCAUCAGGCCAGCCCAGCAUCGAGCGUGGUCCGCAGGAUAGGAGCCCUUUGAUCCUUGGACAUUUUUACAGACAACCUCAUUGGUGUUUGGGCACACCCCUUUCCAUCCAGGAAUCAAUGUGUCAGUCCUGCGUCACCCAAGGUCAAUUAUU